CCACAGCCUAGUGCACCAGUAACCUUGUCUGAUGUGAUCAUUAACCUUUUCUGGAAAAAGCAGCUGGCAGCCCUCUGAGGUCUGUCUGUAGGAUGUGGGGUGAGCCGGACAGAUACUGCCCAGGCUAUUUACAGACGAUCUCUUUACUUGGAGAGCUAUUGUUCACUUGCGUGUAAAUAAUUAAAAAAAAAAAAGAAAAAGAAAAAGAAAGAAAGAAAAAAAGAAAGAAAAAGAAAAGAAAGAAAAAAGAAAAAAAAUGAGAUUUCAUCCUUUUUUGAUAUUUUUUAUUUUUGCGAUGAGUCUGCUUCUGAUCAGCGAACAGAGACCAGUUAACUUUCCCAGGAGAAGAAAACUACACAGACACAACUGCUUUCGCAGGAGAUGCGUUUCACUUCACUCCAGGGUGCCCUUCCCUUGAGAUAGAAAGAAAAUCUCUGAUUUCCUUGGUUCUACCAGAAGAAGAGUAAAAGCAAAGACAUUCAACCACCUCAGUAUGGCAACCUUAGCAUGGCAUCUUGUGAGCUACUGUGCAACAGAAGUUGUUUCAGGGUACCUUGGAUGGCUUUUUAGCUCUAGAGACGGUUCUUCCUGGAUUUUCUUUGACAAGAACGUAAUAUAAAUGGAAAAUGGACUAGGCUGAACCGCACUUACUUGUCCAUAUAACAAUCUCUCAUCUUUUUAUGAAUAUUAUUUUAUUGUCAUAUUCAUUACACAUAGUGAUGUGUUUAGUGAAGCUACUUACAUACAAGUACAUCAUGCACAGUGACUAUAUACAUAGCUGUGUGUGGUAUACAUCGACUAUGUACAUGCAUGUAUGUGUACAUUGAGUAUGUCUACACGAGUGUGCGGUACACGUGUUGACUGUAUUUACACGCGUGUACUUUUCCUUUACUCUGCCUUCACGCUCCUGCUGGCCCCUUUCAUUCGCCCAGGCAAUUUUGCUUCUACUUUAAUGGCAUGUACACAUGAAUGAUUUUAUUGCACAUUAGUAUUAUUAUAUGGAUUAAAAAUAUUACUUCUUUAA